AUUAUUGUAUACUUGUGUACCUUAAAAUUAAUGAUUACUCCACCUAUGUUCAUUCAGUUCUGUAGUUUUGUAAAUCUCCCUUCAUUUCAAUCUCAACAAUGGGUAACUGUUUUGCUGCUUCUUCAAAGGUUGAUGCCACUCUCCCCUCCACUUCUGGGGCCUCAAGAAGUAUCAGCAAAACCACCACUCCUGCUGUAACAAAUGACUCUUCGAGCUGGAAGAACAGCAAUGGAAGUCACCUUCCAUCUCCAAGAUCUGAAAGUGAAAUUUUAUCAUCCUCUCACUUGAAAGCAUUUUCAUUUAAUGAGUUGAAGAAUGCAACGAGAAACUUCCGUCCUGAUAGUUUACUUGGUGAAGGCGGGUUUGGUUAUGUGUUUAAAGGAUGGAUUAAUGAGCAUACACUUUCUGCUGCAAAACCAGGAUCCGGGAUGACUAUUGCUGUUAAAAAGCUUAAGCCUGAGGGCUUCCAAGGCCAUAAGGAGUGGUUGACUGAAUUGAAUUAUCUUGGACAGCUCCGUCAUCCAAAUCUUGUUAAACUUAUUGGAUAUUGCUUGGACGGUGACAGUCGACUUCUGGUUUAUGAAUUCAUGCCCAAGGGAAGCUUAGAGAAUCAUCUGUUUAGAAGAGGGCCUACACAACUCUCUUGGACUAUAAGAAUCAAAGUGGCUAUUGAUGCUGCUAGAGGUCUCUCUUUCCUUCAUAAUGCUGAUAAUCAAGUCAUAUACCGUGAUCUCAAGGCGGCUAAUAUUCUUCUAGAUGCAGAGUUUAAUGCCAAAUUGUCCGAUUUUGGUCUGGCCAAGGCAGGACCUACCGGUGAUAGGACUCAUGUAUCCACUCAAGUAAUGGGUACUCAUGGUUAUGCAGCACCAGAGUAUGUUGCUACAGGUCGAUUGACAGCAAAAAGUGAUGUAUACAGCUUCGGGGUUGUUCUUCUUGAAUUAUUAACUGGUCGUCGCGUUGUUGAUGAGUCAAAGGUUGUUGUGGAACAACAUCUUGUGGACUGGGCAUUACCAUAUUUAUGUGACAAGAGAAAACUAUUCCGGAUCAUGGACACCAAGUUAGAAGGCCAGUAUCCUCAAAAAGCAGCUUUUGCUGCUGCUACCAUUAUUUCUAAAUGCCUAAACACCGAGUUCAAAUCCAGGCCACAAAUGUCUGAAGUUGUAGCUUCCCUUGAAGAGCUUCAAUCAUCAAAAUUUGCUUUUAAAAACACCCCAUCUGAGCGUCAGACUGGUUAUGAUCAUAUUCACAAGUCGCCACUAAAUCAACAUCGAAAUCAGCAUAGGUCCCCUUUGAAUUUGACACCCUCAGCAUCCCCAUUGAGGUCCAAACAUCAAUCUCCAUACAGACGAGGCUGAUUCAUUGUGUUGUAUUCAAGAAAUUACAAUCCAACAGUCUGCAGAUCUUGUGAAUAUUAGAAAUUACAAUCCAACAGUCUGCAGAUCUUGUGAAUAUUGCAGCAGCAACAUCGACUCGUGUGGAAGCAGAGGUAGAGCAAUCAAUGAUCAAACUUCACCUCUCAAUUCACUCCAUUUUUGUUUGCACAAGCUGCUGUGUGGUCAUCUUCUGUCGUAUGGUAUAUAAAUUUGCAAUGUGCAUAACAGUAGGCUAGCAGUUGUAUCAUACGGAUUAUAAGAGAAAGAUAUAGCUUUUGCAAGCUUUGUUCAUGAUCAUCCUGUGUAAGCAAUAGCAUUAACAUUCCUGCAUUUUGAUUGCGGCGACAUGAUAGAUUUCCUCAUACAUGUACACUACUGAUACAGAGAAAUAAAAACUGAUAUUCAUUUGUUCUU